AUGAAAAAGAGAAAAGUCAAACUUAAAAACGAAAAAUAAUAUUACAAUUAGUAUAAAAACAGCGUGGGAGGAGGCAGUAAUAAUGGACAAAGAAAUUUAGUUAAUAGCAAAUCAGAAAUAAGCUUAUUUUAAGAAACUCCUUAAAAGCAUCGUACUGAGUCUAAACAAAAGUCUUUUAGAAUCAAGAGGUCCACAUCUAAAAUAAUUGAGAAGAUAGAAGAUGAAGAUAUCACUGAUUCAGUUAUUAUAGCUCAGACCAAGUAAUUCACUCCUGAGAAUGCCAACUAAGAGUUCAGCACUCUGAAAUAGUUUGAUGAUACCUUCUCUCAGAGUAACUAAUUUAGUGAAAGCCAAGAUAGAAGAACCAAAACUGCUGGAAUGGAUGUAUAGUUUAGCAAUAUAGGAAGAGCAAAGAUAAACAUUGAGCCUAUAAAGCAAAACUCAUUAAGCUUAAAAUCUCAAAAUCAGUUAUCUAAAAGUAACACAAAUUUCACUCAAUCCCAUAAGAAUAGUAAUAAUAAUAUUAAUAACACCCUGCAAACUAGUCAAUGGACAUAGUCUAAUCAUCAUGAUAGAAAACUAAAAAGCAGCCAGGGAAGUAUACACUAAGGAUAAAAUUGGAAUGUCACAUAAACAUCCACUCUCUUUGGUAAGGAGCAAAUCCUACUUAAGAAUUCAAAUCUAAACGGUACAGCUGUCCGGUUUUGGAAUGGGAUGUUAUUUAAUCCUGGAUAAGUCGUUAAUUAAGAUUAAAAUAAAAAUGUGUUGCUACCUUAGUUUUAUCAUGGACCUAAGUAUAAGAAGCUUUAGUAAGAAACAUCGGAUAGUGUAAAGAUGCAAUACUUCCUGAAAAAAGAGAUUGAGGAAUACAAAAAUAAUUAGAAGCCUGUCAAGCAUUCACCAAAAGAUCUCAUGAUUAAGAUGCUAAUUGAUGAAGUUGACAAAUAGCAUUUAAGGAUAAAUUUUUUGGAGAAAAAAGUAAGGGAAUAGAGAGCAAAGAUACUGAAGUUAGAGGAUGCUCUUUUUUAAAGAUCUCAUAGAUUGUUGUUGAGAUGCACUUCUUCCAGUAUUAAGAAUAGAGACUACCUUUAUGAAGAUGAUUAAGAAAAAUAAUAAGUAUCCUCAAGAAGUAGAAUAUCUUCAGCAAAGCCCUAAUAUAAAAGUGGGAGAAGCAGUAAACUUCGAGGCUAUUCAAAGAAAUCUAACAAAAAUAAAUCAAAGAGCAUUUUAGGGAAUGAGUAAGAUCUUAAUGAUUCAGAUCCCGAUAUUGAAAGAUCUUAAACCUUGAACAUCUAAAGAAGUUAGUCUUAAGAACUUUAAGUAUCAAGACACUUGAACAUGAAUAAUGAUAAUAAUGGGUAGGAUUAAGAGUUGCUAGAAAUUUUAAAUAACAAAAAUGAUUUGUUAUUGAAUGGAGAUCUUUUAGAUGCCUAAAUUGAAUUAGUUUAAGAGGAUGAGUUAAAGCUAACAGAUAUGUAAAAAACCUAAAAUUAAAAUAACUAGAGUUUAAUCAUGAAAUAAAGUAUAAUCCUAAAAUACUAAGAUUAAGACAUGUCUAAAUUGAUGAUAAAUAAGGAUGGACUUCUUAAUGAAAUCUGUGGCAGAGGCUAAUCAAAAUAAUAGAUAGAGAUAAAUGUAAAUGCUCUGAUAAAUGAUCUUGAGAAGUCUGUAUAUAAUUUGAAGCAAUUGAGUAGGAUGGUUAAUUACUAGUAAACUAUUUAACUAAAGAGCGAUAAAUCUUUAAAUUUCUUCAGAAUUCUUGAAGAGUUUCAGAGAAAGGCAGAAUAGAUAAUAAAUUGUGAAAAAGUUCUCUUCCUUAUGCUUGAUGUCCCAACUCAGGAACUAAUAUAAUUUACAAGGGACAAUGUGAUUAAAAUUAAAUGGGAAGAAUUAUUUUAAUUUGAUAUCAAUGCUCUCAAGGAUCAAAUCACAAAAAUAGGCCAUGUAGAUGUUUCACAAGUAAUAAAUCACGAUUAGUUCAAAUUUAGGCUAUAAAUUCCAACUUCUCAUAAAAUUGAAAGUAUAAUCAUUAAUAGAUUUCAGGUCUUGGGUAAAUAAGGGAUAGCCUUAGCUAUAAAUUCCCAAACUUUUAAGACCAUUGAAGAUGGUGAACAAAUUCCAGAAUUCAAUCUUAAUGAUAAUGAAAUACUUAACAUUCUUAGUGCUACUUGCUUAAGAAUGCUUAAUAGAGAGCGAGAUUUUGACCUUAAAAAUCGGAUGAUCAAGGCUUACAAAGGAUUAUUUAAGAUUGGUAUUAAUCUUAACUCUAGAUCAAAUUACGCAAGCUUGCUAUAUGAAGCAGAAAGAAGACUAUCUGAAAUCAUGGGAACAGAUAACACUACUAUCUUAAUAAUCGAUCAUGAUGAGGAAAUAUUUAUAAAAUUAAAUUACGAAUCACUGAAAAACAUAGAAAGCAGUGAUUAAAUCAACUUUAACCAAGUGUAAACUUAUAAUUUACAUUCUACACUACAACUUGUUAAUCAGAAUAACCAGCCUAAUACUGAGAGGCAUACUGAUGGUCAUCUAGCAUAUGUACCAAUGAGAGGUUUAGCUCAGAUUUCAAUCCAAAAUAAGAAAACAUUAGUAGUAACUGAGCCCUAGAUAUAUCCUUAGUAUGAUUCAAACAUUGAUAUACUAUACUAGGAUGGCUAGGUUAAGCCUAUAAUUUGUGUGCCUAUUAUGAAUUAAGAGGAUGAUCAAAGAGUAGAGGGAUGUAUAGAAGUUGAAUUUAAAAUGAAACACUAUCUAUCUAGCAACCCUCUACUUGGAGGAAGUUUUGGGGAAUUUAAAUUAGAUUUGGUCACUAGAGAGAUUCUAGAAAUCUUCUCGAACUAAGUUAGAAUAUCCAUCGAGAGACUAAAUACGCUUAGAAAAUAUCAGAAUCGUAAGAGUAGAGGUUUAGGGGCUAAUCUAAAUCAUACUUAUGCUGCGAAUAGAAGCCCUUCCCCGUUUGGGAGAUUCGAUAAUAACUACAGAGAGACUGAGGAAUAAACAGUCAAGAUAGCUAACGAAAAUAAGAUCGAAGAUCAUUUUUAGGAAGAUUUACAAUAUAACGUAUUUGAUAGAGAAUCAGAAAGAGGUCUUGGGGAAGAUCAUUAUCAAGAUUGA